UGACAAAAUAGACUAACGCGUUACAAAAACGCAUCAAACUGAGUCAGUGCCAUCACUAUUUUUCUGGCAUUGUGAAAAAAUCGGCGCGCCAUUUCCCCUAUUUUUGCGUCCCCCAGUCAAUUUUGUGCAAAACAAACAGUUUGCAAGUGUUUAUUGUAUAUAGUUUACGGCGCCGGAGCACCGGCUAACGAGCAAAACGCAGAGCAGCACAUUGCCAAGUUGGGAAACUGGUAAUUUGCAGCGCAUUGUGAAAUCCCGCGCGGUCGACACUGACGACCGAUCCAAGGAGCCAUCUAGUGCUGGUGCAUGUGUUUACGCUUUGUUUGAGGAGCCACCCAAGUGAAGUGAAGAAGAAAUAUGUUUGGCGGCUCGAAACCCGCGUUUGGAACCACUCCCAAUGCCACCAGCUUUGGGAGCUUUAGCAACACGGCCGCGACCACACCAUUCGGGCAGUCGGCCUUUGGCAAGCCAGCGGCACCAGCGUUUGGCAACACCUCGACCUUUGCCGCCCAGCCCGCCCAGCCAUCGCUCUUUGGUGCUGCAGCCACGCCGGCGCAGCCAGCCGGUGGAAUGUUCGGGGCCAGUACGUCCAGCGCGUUUGGCAGCACCGCCGCCGCGCCCACAUCAUUUGGAGCCUUUUCGCAGCCGCAACAGCCGGCAAACAUCUUUGGCUCGACGCCGGCGGCAUCCAAUACCUCGCUCUUUGGCCAGGCAGCAACACCGGCAUUCGGAGCAGCCAAGCCAGCCACCCUGGGCAUGACCGCCUUUGGCCAGACGCCAGCAGCACAGCCUACAUCGUCGCUGUUUGGCCAGACGGCAGCCGCCACCAGCGCCUCGGCUUUUGGGAGUUUUGGCCAGGCAGCGCCCACCACCACAAAUGUCUUUGGCAGUGGGACAGCAUCGGCAUUUGCCCAGCCCCAACCCGGGGCCGUGGCCAGCGGCGUCAAUCCGGGCUCGGCGGUGGCCAAGUAUCAGCCAACGAUGGGCACAGACACGCUGAUGAAGGGCGGACAGCCGAACAGUGUGAGCACCAAGCAGCACUGCAUCACGGCCAUGAAGGAGUACGAGCUCAAGUCGCUGGAGGAGCUGCGCAUGGAGGAUUAUCUCAGUUCGCGCAAGGGUCCGCAGGCGGGCAGCACAGCGGGAGCCUUUGGUUUCGGGAGUUCGGCCACGGCCGCCCAGCCCCCGGCCUCGGGGCUGUUCGGCAGCACGGUCCAGCCGAGUGCGGGACUCUUUGGCCAGGCGGUGGGGCAGGAGAACAAGAGUCUCUUCGGGGCAUCGGCCUUUGGCCAGCCGGCCACGACCAGCGCCUUCGGGGCACCCGCCCAGCAGAACAGUUUCUUGCAGAAGCCUUUCGGAGCGACAGCCGGCACGCCCUUUGCCCAGCCCGCCGCAGAUGCCUCGAAUCCGUUUGGAGCCAAGCCGGCCUUUGGCCAGGGCGCCAGCAUGUUUGGCCAGGCACCCGCCACUAGUGCCGCUCCAGCCUUUGGCCAGGCUAACACAGGGUUCGGCACCUUCGGUUCGACGGCAGGACAACAGCAGCAGCAGACAUCGCUCUUUGGCAGCACCCCCGCCGCAGAUCCCAACAAGUCGGCCUUCGGCCUGGGCACAGCUGCAACGGCGGCCAACACAGGGUUCGGAUUCGGUUCGCCGGCCACCAGUACGGCCGGAGGAGGCCUGUUUGGGGCCAAGCCAGCCACGAGCUUCGCGGCGCCCGCCUUCGGAGCCACCUCAACGCCCAGCACGGGCUUCGGGAACUUUGGGAUGACCAACAGCGUCGCGGCGGGCGGAGGACUCUUCAACAAUGCAGGGAACAUGAACAAGCCAGCCACCACGGGAUUUGGCGGCUUUGGGGCGACAGCUGCGGCGCCGCUAAACUUUAAUGCCGGCAACACGGGAGGAUCGCUCUUUGGGAACGCAGCCAAGCCGGGAGGCGGCCUUUUCGGUGGAACAUCAACGCUGGGUGGCCAGACGCAGGGUGGCCCAGUCGGAGGAGGAGGAGGACUCUUUGGUGGCGGAACUGGAGCUUUCGGUACAGGCGGUGGCUCACUCGGCGGCGGCGGAGCAUUUGCCAGCCUCGGGGGGAACACAUCGAUGGCCGGCGGCAUGGGGAUGGGGGCCCAGCAGCAGAUGGGCGGCGGCGGCAUGAUGCAGCUAUCGCAGCAGCCCAUUCACCAGCAGAUCCUGGCCCGUGUGACCUCUCCCUACGGGGACACGCCCAUCUUCAAGGACCUGCGUAACGGCAAUGGUGUGGACGCCACGCGGGCCACCAAUCCCGCCGCGCAACAGGCCGUGAUGGACAUGAAAAACAAACAAUUCAAGAUCAACAUCCACGAAAGCCGGGUCCCCUUGAAGGUGAAGGCCACGAGCAGCAUCACCCGCAAGUCCUUGUUCGAGGGUCUCGAAGAGUUCGAUGGCAGUGUCGAGGGCUUCAACAUCAAGCCGAAUGCCAGGCGUCUGGUGAUCAAGCCCAAGGACAAGCCAACCGAAGCCCCAAACUUGAAUUCUUCGGUAAACAGCAGCGGGCCGCACAGCAUCCAUGCGGCUGUAGGGCGCUCCAGUCGAGAGUCCUUCAAUGGAGCAAUUCCCAAUGAACCAUCGCCAGUUGGUCCGGCCAGCAGCUCCCGCUCCCCCAGAGACAGCAGAGACCAGCAGCAGGACACGAGUCGCCGCGAGUCUUGGCUGCAUCCCAAGAACCUGGAGAUGGUGCGACAGCGCAACAUCCAGACGGGCAUGGACCAGCAGCAGUCCCCCCUCAACAGCACCCUCAACGAGCUGGUGCCGCGCAAACCCCUGGAGACCUAUCGUCCCUGCUCCACGCAGCGCCUCUCCGUGUCCACCAUACACGAGAAUCCGUUCGAGGAUCAGUCGCAGUCGGCCAGUGCCAUUGCCAGGCGGGACACAUUCGUCUCGGACCAGCAGCAGGCGAGCAACGAGAGCACCCUCUCGAACCGCACCCACGAAGAGGAGGCAGCACUGAAUCGCAGCCGACUGGCUAUUGAGGCGGCGGCUGAGGCGGACCUCGAGCCCCAUCCCACGGGCAUAGUGUUGCGUCGCGCGGGCUACUACACGAUACCCUCGCUGGAUGAUCUUAAGUCCUACCUGGCCGAGGAUGGGUCCUGUGUGGUGCCCAAUUUCACCAUCGGACGCGAGGGCUAUGGCAAUGUUUACUUCGGCAAGGAGAUGGAUGUGGCUGGACUGAAUCUGGAUGAGCUUGUUCACUUCCGUAACAAGGAGAUCAUCAUUUAUCCCGACGACGACAACAAGCCGGCCAUUAACCAAGGCCUGAAUCGUGAGGCACAAGUCACCCUUGACCAGGUGUGGCCCGUGGACAAAACCCAGCAUGUGGCUGUGAAGGAUGCCCAGCGUCUGAUCGAAAUGGACUGGGAGGGAAAGCUGCGUCGAGUGUGCGACAAGAACGAUACGCGUUUCAUCGAGUACCGCCCGGAGACGGGCAGCUGGGUGUUCCGUGUGAAGCAUUUCUCCAAGUAUGGCCUGGAGGAGAGCGACGAGGAGUGCAGCAUCGACAAAGUGCCCACCGAUCCAAAGAAGCCAAAAAUGUCGGCCCUCGAGGCACAUUAUCGAGCAGCGGCUGCAGCGGGGGCCCAGGACGCCGCACAGGAUAAGAUGACACUCAAUACGCUGCGGCAUGCCCAGAGGAUAUCCGAGGAUGCCGCCCGCUCGCUGGAUCCCAAGGCGUUGGUCACGAAUGUGGCCAGCCAUAGUUUCCGGCCCAUGGAUGAUUCGGCCGAGUUUAUGCUGAUGGACAAGACCCAAUUCUUUCAGGCUGGCGCCGGGACGGAUUUCUCCAUGUUUGAGGCGCCACGACAGCAGCAGCCCCAGACCAUUGUCAGCCCCACAGCCCUGCUGGCCAAGGAGGUGGCCGGCAACGAGCCACACAAAAUGCAACUGAUGAAGUCCUCGCUGUUUGUGGACGACGAUGACAUCGAAAAUGAAGUCAGAGUGACUAACAAGCGCUUCCAAAGCCACCGACACUUGUCCCAGGCAGGGCCGAACGCCUGGACAGACAUGGGAGCCUCUGAAACCUCCAGUCCGUAUGAUUUUGGCCACACAACUCCCGGCCUGCCCGUCUCCUCAUCGGCCUCUGUGGCCAGUCUGCUGCAGUCGGAUGAGACCUCUUCGGUGGCCACGGGCAGCAUCUUUGCGGAAAAGCCAAAGCCAACAGCACUUGUGGUCCCCUCCAAGGUGCGGCCGUUUAAGUUUGUGACCAAGCCCAAGGUGGCGCCUGUGAAGGUUUUCGGCACAACAGUGCCGCUCGUCCGUUCACUUUUGUACGAGCAUCGCCUCAAGUGGGUGGCCGAUCUGGGCUUCUACAAGGGCCGCAGCCUGAAGCUGACCUUUGGUCCGCACAACACACUGAUGGUGCCCCAGACCUUGAACAAUGUGCGCCGAGCCAUAGAAGAUGGCAGCGUGUCGCUAUCCUCUCUGACGUUUAUGCCACGGGCAGCCAAUGAUUUGUCGCCCGUUUUGUUUCAGUUUUGCAACUUCAAUAUGGUGCAUGGCCACGCGAGUUUCCGCCAGACGAUUGUACCCCAUUUGGAGGUGCAGCUGGCCGAGGGCUCGGCCGUGCAGAUCGAAGAUAGCCAGUGUCCCUGGCUGCAGGCGGGCACGGCCACGCAGCUGAUUGCCAAGCACCUGCGAGAAGCCGUCAAACUGCGGAACCUGGGAGCCCUGGAAGAGUACGGGGUGUCAGUGUGGUCCCUGCUAUACGCCCUAUGGGGGCGACACGAAGAGCUCUCGGAUGAUUCGAACGACGCGAACAGUCACCACACGGUCAUGUGUCGACGCAACCUUUUCUCCGAGUGGCUGGAGAACACCCUCGUGGGCAGAGAUCUGCUGACCAAAAAGGUCAGCAGCCACACCUAUCUGGACCACAUGGUGGAUCUGCUCAGCUGCCAUCGCGUGAGCGAGGCUUGCGAUCUGGCCCUCAACUACGACGAUGCCCACCUGGCUCUGACACUCGCUCAGCUGGGAUCUGGUGCCGUCGUUCGCAUGCUUUUGGAGGAGCAACUGUUCGCCUGGCAGCAGAGUAAAUCGGAUAAAUACAUCCACCUGAACCGCCUCAAGAUGUACAUGAUGGCCGCGGGUGUCAAUAUGAUGCAGUCCUCCCAGGGGGUCAUCAACCUGAUGGAGGACAACAACUGGCUGACGGUGGUGGGCAUGGAGUUGUGGUAUUUCAGGGAGCCCACGUCUUCCAUUACGGACGCCCUAAUCGAGUACGACAAGGCCUUCCAGUCCGAGGAGUGCUUCGCAGAGCCGCCCAGCCCCACCUACAAGGGAGUACCCACCGCUGAAGAAAGGAAGAAACCUGUAUACGACUUGCGCUACCAUCUCCUGCAGCUGUAUUCGAAGCGAAUGCAUCCGCUGGAGGAGACACUGAAUCCCAUAACCCACACAGUCGAUCCCAUGGACUUUCGUUUAAGUUGGCUGCUGCUGCAGACUCUGUGGGCGCUCGGUUAUCGCCACUGCUCGCCCCUGACCGAAGCCCAGCUGACGGUGGACUUUGCCAGCCAGUUGGAGAACGAGGGCCUCUGGCAGUGGGGCAUCUUUGUGUUGCUGCACAUCGAGAGCCGUGACCGUCGAGAGAGAGCCGUGCAACAGAUGUUGCUGCGUAACGUGAGCGUAUUGGCCCAGGCGGCACACAACGACGAGGAGCGCUUCAUCGUAGAGCAGCUGGGUGUGCCCAAGACCUGGGUGGACUAUGCAAAGGCUGUGCGCGCCGGUUCAUUGGGCAAGCGUCAUCUGCAGGCGAAGCAUCUGCUGACGGCCAAGCACUGGGCGGAGGCACACGAGAUCAUCUUCGAGUACAUUGCGCCCGAUGCCAUAAUUAAUGGUCAAACGGAUUAUUUGCACCGUCUGCUCAUCCAGUUCGAGGACACCGAGGGCUGCAGCAGCGGCAUCCGAGUGCCGAACUGGGCCAAUCAGGGACAGAUAUUCCUGGAGUUUAUCGACAUCAGCUCCAAGUUCAAGCAGAUACGAAACGUGCAGAACAUUGAGGACAUCAAGGCGCGCUGGGAGAACCUGAAGCCGCAGCUGAGCGAACUCUGUUCGCGCAUCAGUCUGCUGCCGUGUCCCACGGCCAAGCAUCGUCUGUGCCAGACGGAGAUCUCGCAGAGCCUCAACUGUCUGGUGCAAGGCAUGUGCAUUGUCAGCCCCCAAAUGCAGUCUUCCGCCGUGCUGAAAGUGGCACUCGAACGGCUGCCGAUGCCACAGGAGUUCCUCUCGAAAGAGCUGCGCACGCUGCUGGACGAGCUGCUCGAAGAUCUGGAGCAUAAAAUCUAGGCCACGCGGAAAAGCACGAAAAUACAAUAUAAGAUCGAAUGUAAGUCUAGAUAUAAUAAACAUUGAUUAGAAUCUACCUAAAAAAACACAAAGCAAGAACUAGAUUAAGGUUUCGAGCUAAGGAAAACGUUUCGUCAACAGAAAGAUCAGAUCACGAACACACCAGAGUUAUUAUGAAUGUCUUUGUUAUUUUGUUAAUUCGAUUAUAUUUCCAAUUUCCGAUCGUCUGACUACUUUUAGAAUAGAAAUUUUUUGGUAAACAAUAAAAUUGAUUUGAUUGUUUGUACACACUAAA